UGAAACAAAAAAGUUCUAUUUUCAUGUGCAACACAGGUUAUGUUUUUGUUUUUGACAGGGCAAAUUUGUUUUAAAUUAAGCAAUACGUUGAAGUUUAGAGGUGUAUUUUGAGUUCAGGAAUUUAAAUUGACAUUGUAUAAGCAGGUUCAUAUUAUAUAUUUAUUGUUAUAAUUAUGUCAGAGAAGGAACGUGCUCCUGGAGAAGGUAUAAAAUCACUAAAAACAAGUGCAGCUUUUAGAGUUGUCAAUUUUGAACUAUAUACGGCUCCUAACAAAGUGGUGAUGGGCUUAGGAUUGCUGGCCAUGGGAGUCUGUGUCGGCUACAUCGGCUACAUGAGACACAAGUAUGCCGGAAUGGGCUAUUACCCCGCAGUCGACGAAGAAGGCAAGGAGGUGUACAAACUCAAGCAGUCAAAGUGGGACUAGAUCAGAUGUGCUACCUUACAUAGGCUGUACAUAGACACUGUAACAUUAGAUAUUUAUUCAGGUCAAUGUGUUAUUGGCACCACAGUUGAAAAUACAAAUUUUUGUAGCAGUACUAAAGGAGAUGUAUAAUCUUGUAAAUAAUUAAACAAUUGUAAAUAUGCUAACGAAGUAAUAAAAACAUUUGAAGUAUA